AUGUCUCAACAUUCGGAUCAUUCUCGAAGAGCUUAUUCUCAAGGCGAAAAUGACUAUCAGUCAGAAGAUACUGCUGCUGAUGUUUUUGAAGAGAACAUUGAUUUAGCCGGAGAUGGAGAUGGUGAUGCUUUAGCUGAGUUGUUCGGUGCUGAAGAAGAGGAAGUACAGGACGAAGAAGAAGGAGAAAAUCUUUUCGGUGACGAUAUGGAGCGAGAUUAUCGUCCACAGCCAGAGCUGGAUGUUUACUCACAAUCGGGCAUGGAUGAUGCAUCAGAAUAUACGGAGUUGACGGAGGGAGCACGCCGUGCAGCUGAACGCGAGAUGGAUGAGCGGGAUAACUUGCUGGAUGAAGAUGCUUUACUUUAUGAGCAGAAUGACGUAGAUGUUGGACGACAUGUACGCCGCUAUUUUCGGAAAGAUCGAGCCGAUGAUAAUGAAAUGGAAGUUGAAGAGGAAGAAGAAAUUCCUAUCGAUAUUUUAGAAAACUUUCGAGGAAGAUCGACACGUGAGCAUGUUUCAGAUGAAGCAGUGGGACGAGAAAUAGUAAGGCGCUUUAAAAGUUUUGUUCGUGGAUAUAAGGACGCGAAGACCAAGAAACUAAAGUAUUUAGAUGCAAUAAAAUUAAUGGUGGCAGAAAAUCGUGAGUCGCUAGAAAUCGACUAUGAAGAUUUGGCAAGUGAAAAUGGCGAGCAAAAUAUUUGUUACUUCUUGCCAGAAGCACCCAUACAAGUGCUGAGUUAUCUUGAUCGUGCAGUGACCGAGGUCACACUUUCGUUAUUUCCGUUCUUCCCUCGUAUUGCUCCGGAAGUUAAGAUACGUAUACGGGGGCUUCCUGUUGAAGAGGAUAUACGAAUGUUACGUCAAUUACAUCUGAAUAUGUUGAUCAGAACAUCUGGUGUUGUAACGGUUACCACAGGAAUGCUACCGCGAUUAUCUGUCGUCAAAUUUGACUGCGGAGCAUGUGGUUACCUUCUCGGUCCAUUUGUACAGCAUCAAGAUGAAGAAGUCAAACCUACUAUGUGUCCAUCUUGUCAAAGCCGUGGGCCAUUUGAGUUAAACAUGGAGAAUACCAUUUACCAUAAUUAUCAACGAAUAACUAUCCAAGAAAGUCCAAAUAGUGUUGCUGCUGGGAGAUUGCCUAGAAGCAAAGAUGUGGUGCUUACGGCUGAUUUGUGUGAUGCAUGCAAACCGGGUGAUGAAGUCGAAUUGACUGGCAUUUAUACGAACAAUUAUGAUGGAUCAAUGAACAGCAAGCAAGGUUUCCCUGUUUUCAAUACCGUAAUAUAUGCAAACUACAUAUCAAGAAAAGAUAAAAUCGCCUCUGACAGUCUUACUGAUGAAGAUAUUCAGAUUAUUCGGCAAUUAUCAAAGGACCCACAGAUAGCGGAAAGAAUAUUUGCUAGCAUCGCUCCGUCGAUUUAUGGUCAUGAUGAUAUCAAGCGAGCCAUUGCACUGGCACUUUUUAGAGGGGAGCAGAAGAAUCCUGGUGAAAAGCACAGUAUUCGAGGUGAUAUCAACGUUUUAUUAUGUGGUGAUCCUGGUACAGCAAAAUCUCAAUUUCUACGCUAUGCUGCUCAUGCUGCGCCUCGAGCGGUUCUUACUACCGGUCAAGGGGCUUCGGCUGUGGGUCUUACUGCAUAUGUGCAACGUCAUCCAAUAACACGAGAAUGGACACUUGAAGCAGGUGCAAUGGUACUUGCAGAUAAAGGAGUUUGUCUUAUUGACGAAUUUGACAAAAUGAAUGAUCAGGAUCGUACUUCGAUUCAUGAAGCGAUGGAACAGCAAUCAAUAUCUAUAUCUAAAGCUGGCAUUGUUACAUCCCUACAUGCACGUUGCACCGUAAUCGCUGCUGCGAACCCAAUUGGUGGUCGCUAUGAUCCCUCUCGUACUUUUGCUGAAAAUGUUGAUCUUACCGAACCGAUUCUCAGUAGAUUCGAUGUGCUGUGUGUAGUACGAGAUACGGUAGACCUAGUAGAAGAUGAACGACUUGCUAAUUUUGUUGUGGACAGUCACCGAAAGCAUCAUCCAAAUGCAAAAGAACUGCAGGAAAAAGAAACAAAACCAGGAAAUUCGCAACAGACAUCUCAACCAGAAAAGGAUCCAGCCACUGGUUUAGAAUUGAUACCACAAACAAUGCUGAGGAAAUAUCUGAUGUAUGCUCGGGAAAAUAUACAUCCAAAAUUAGAACAAUUGCCGCAGGAUAAAAUUUCAAAAUUUUUUGCUGAAAUGCGGAAAGAAUCUUUGGCAACAGGAUCGGUUGCUGUAACGGUGCGUCAUGUAGAAUCGUUAAUUCGUCUGGCCGAAGCUCAUGCUAAAAUGCAUCUUCGUUCUUAUGUGUGCGAUGAGGAUGUUAAUGUAGCUGUGCGAGUAAUACUUGAAUCAUUUAUUAACACACAAAAAGCAUCCGUUAUGCGACAAAUGCGAAAGAACUUCGAUAGAUACAUUUUUGUCAAUCGCGAUCACAAUGAAUUAUUAUUGUAUCUCUUGAAACAAUUAGUUAAAGACCAAUUGCAUUAUGAACGAGCGCGACAUAAAGAAACAACUCUGUCAGCUAUUGGUAUUCCUGAAUCUGAUUUUAUUGAAAAAGCACAACAAGUUCACAUUGAGAAUGUGAAGAAUUUUUAUAGAAGUCAACAUUUUCUCACAAAUAAUUUUAUAUAUGAUUCCAAGCGAAAACUAAUUGUGCACAAUUUAUAA